CGGCGGGAGUCUAGUACUGAGAUAAAUAUUGUCCAUCACUGAUAAACAUUGACAAUGUUAAGAAGAUAUAUUACUUAUUAUUUAACUAUGUUCUGAUGCUUUCGUUCACUGCAUAAGCUGUCGCGAUGCAGGCCGUCGAGGAAACGGAUUCCUCGCUUGCAGACAGAGUAGAGUUGAUGGGAGUGCGGGAGGAAGACGAAGCGAGGGACGAAGCGGGUGAGACGGGAAGCGGCGGCGCAGAUGCGGCUGAAACGAAUACGGAGACCAUGAAGGAUGCGGAAAAAGAUAAGGAGAAAAACGAAGAAAUGCAAGAAGACAAGAAGGAAGGAAUUAAGAGAGAAGAAGAGACAAAUGGAUGUGGACAGGCAGAGGAGGACUGGGAAAUCCCUUACAGUGACGAGGAAAUGGAAGACCCCAAGAGCUGGAUGCCUGCACCUGAAGAGAUCAAACGCUUGUAUGAGAUCUUGGCUAGUGGAGAGAUGCUGGAGCUGAAAUGGGUUCCUCUGCCUCGAAGAGCACCAACUCCUCCUUGCACACCUUCUCCAGAGAGAGAUGGAGAGGACUCACAGGAAGCCAGGCAGGAGGAGAGUGAACGCAAGGCUCCUACACCAACUGAGUUUGAUUUUGAUGAAGAGCAAACUAUUAUGACACCCAAGAAUGCCUUCCUCAGCCGGCGUAGAACACCAGGCUCGUCUGCCCGUUCUACAGUCAAGCGCGAGGCACGGCUCGAUAAGGUACUCUCUGACAUGAAGCGACACCGGAAGAUUGAGGAACAAAUCUUAAGGACGGGCCGUGACCUUUUUAAAAGUGACAGACCCCCUGCCGGGCCAUCCCCGCUGGAUCGUCUGUCGCCCAACAGCCAGAGGGAAAGAGAGAAGGAGAGAGAGAGAGACAGUGAUCCUAGCACUGUCUUCAGCCCGAGGCAGAGGAGAUACUGAGAAAAUGAGUAUGCAGACAUUUUGGCCUAGACCCUUAUUUUAUGGGUUUUAGUGCCUGUGGUUUAAUUUAAUUUUUAAGAACGCAAUUUUGUUCACAAUUGUAUACUGUGUUUUUUCACAGCCAAGUGUAAAUAUGUGUGGAUUUAAAUGUGUUACUGUCUGAUCUGUGAAAGACAACGUAAAAUACUUUUUUACUUAAAUAAAUGUUGAGGUUUUUUUUAUUUGUGUAAUCUAAGCACAAAUGAGUAUUGUAAAGGAGUAUUGCUUGCCAUAAAAGAGCUUUGCUGGAAAUUUACACAUGUACUAUACUGGAAUCGCACAUAUACAGUUUUCUUAGUAAAACAGAUUCUUGUGACCAACUGCUUUAAGUGGUCAGAGUACAAAAAAAUAAUGUAUGACUUUAACUAAUUAAGAACUUUUUUAUUUCUUGGUAAAUUUUGCAUUUUACUGGGAUACCCCAAUAACCUUGUACGGUUUCUAUUCAUUAUAUGGGAUUCAGUAUAGUACAGUUGGGUGGUACCAAAAUUCUCAUAACCCAAGAUGGUCCUGAAUUAAUACCCUUGUGUUUGGGAGUGUGAGUAUGUCUGAAUUCAGUUUUUGUAAUAGAAAAUGUGCAGUUGAAAAAUGUAUGAAAAUGUCUAACAAAAUAAAAAUUAAAGUACAUGAUUUGCAAGCUAUGAGAUUAAGGAAAAAUAGUGACCCAAUUUCACAUUCUUGUUUGCUGUUAUAGUAUGCAGUACAGACAUUAGGCCUAUCAGACAUGGAGAGAAUAUAUAUUUGCAGUGAGACUGAAGUACAGUAGUGUUUUCAUUUAAAACUGGGGGGAAAACAUAUUUAACAGAUUUUACACUACACAUAAAAAAUGAAACAUUAACCAAAAGAAACAAUGCAUAUCACAUACAUAAUUACUAAGUACUUUUGUUGUUUUGUUCAGUAUUUGAACCUGUAGUACUUGCAUAAGAUCACUUUGGCCUGACAUAUAUUCCAUUAUAUGGGAAUCUAAAAGCACCAUACAGUCACCAGUGUUCAGUUUAAAAUUAAACUAAAAGUUAAAUGAUUUAGUUUAAUCAGGACAGGACAGUGGAUUCAGAACCAGCUUGGUUGUGUAGUUUGCUACCAUAUAUGUAGUUUAUUCCUUUGUCAUUCCAUAAGUAUAUUAGUCAAACAGAAGGAAUAGAAUAUUUGCAAGCAGCUUAGAAAUACUAUAGGGGGAGUACAUUUUCAUUUCAUUGUUCAAUCAGGACAGAAAGACAGUCUAUGAAAUUUAACAUAAACAGACCCAAAAAAGUCACACUGUAUUAAAUAAAGAACAAUUAUAUUUAACCACACACAUAAUGGCUGGGAUUUGUAACAAACUAGGUACCCUCAUCAAAAACUAAAAAUAAAUAAGGAAACAAAGUAAAAACAGUUCUAUCAGUUA